AUGAGCUUACCUUCCUCAUCAGACAAGUCCAAUGACCGGAUGGUGUUACCUUCAUUGACAGCAGAUACCCAAAUAAUUGCAUCCGAGCUUCCUGAUUCUUUAAAUGAUACCCCAAUUGGUUCCGAAGAAUCCGAACCAAUCCAUAUUCAGAACAUCCACGACGAUACCCUUCAGGUGCGAAGAAGAGAGAGAUAUGUGCAUGCCAACCACGAGAAUACCCACAACGUCACCAUCAACAGCCCAAAUAUUACAGGGACCCCGUUUGUGAGACAGGUACAAACUCCAAACUCAAAUCUGGCCAUUAAGAUCAACAACGGCCAGGAAUCUCAAACACCGCUGUUUGCGAAAAUCAAGAAUCCGUUCGAGGACACACCCACUUCGGAGAUUCCCACUAAGAAGUCUAUUCUGGAAUUUGGUAUUGCAAAUGAGGAUACUCCAAGUGUUUCUGCAGAAUCAAGGAGCAAAAGAGCUUUGGAAACGUUCAAGAGACUUGGGGAAAACGAUGGCGAUAUCGAUAUGGAGCUGGAAUUGGAGGACGGCAUCAUGCUGGGUGCGAACGGAGGAGAUGACACCUUCAACCAGAUGAACAGCAACAAGGGAGAUAUCACAACUGCUACCAUAGAUGAAGGCGAUUACGAUGAUGAGGUGAAUAGAGCUCUGAGAAACGUGGAUAUCUCUACUAAUGAACCUAUCAUGAUCGAUAAUUCAGAGGCAACGAUAAUACACGAUAGGCAGCCGGAUGAUCACAAGUUCUCAAGUGGUCUUCAUCUUCAGUACGAAAACUCACAAGUGUCGAACGACGGGAUCCAAGUUCCGGCAUCAAUUGAGAAAGUCGCCCGAAGCAGGUCUCAGGGCGUUUCUCAGAGCUCGAUUGUGAGUUCUGAUGGUGACUCGGACAAUGAACCCAACCAGGAAACCCCUCUUCCAAAGAGGAGGUCACAGACGAUUUUUUCUCUGAGCGUUGAGCACGACAAGUUUCAGGCUUUUUCAACACCCAUCUCGAAGAAUCGCAGUAUCAAUUUGUCCAAGCAUUUUACCCAGGAGCUGAGCGAAUUGGAAGAGAAUGACGAAGCUCGGGAAAGCGGCAAGGUUGGCACGAUAUCAACAUCUGCUGAAACUCAGGUAAUACAUGGCCAGGUGAGCCAAAUGCUCUCCUUGUCCAAUGACAAAGGAGGACUUGUCCAAAAGCCCCUGGACAAAGAAUCAAACCCGUCUUUAGAUACCGGGGACAAACAGGUAUGGAACUCAUCAGGCGAAGUGGUGAGAGAUAACCUAGCAGAAGUUGAUACCACAAUCCUGUAUGACAAGUAUAUUUGGGCAAGGAUUGAAAGGCACAAAGUUCCUGCCAAAAUUAGCCAACUGUUUCCCAACGAUACUGUUGAUGUGUUAUAUGGCGAAGACAGUGUUGCUCGGAUAAAGAAGUCCCAAAUACUGGCUCCUAUGGAGAUUCAUAUUGGUGAUCAGGUCAGAAUAAAGGAUGAAGCUGGCUAUUUCAAAGUGACUGGCUUACGAUGCAAACGCCCGGAUAUGUCUGAGGAGAUUGUCAGGUCAAUCCGUGGUUUUGACACAGUUUACUUAGUAGGAAAGACUCGUCCAGAAGAAUUUUCGAGGGACCUAUCGUCGAUAUAUUGCACCAGGUUUCCGAACAGAUCCAUAUUCAAAAAGUUCAAUGAUGAGGAGGCUUUCGAGAAGUUUAUACAGGGUUUAAAGUUUGAGACCGACGCAACCGAAAUAACACCAUCUGGGAUAUUUCAGGGCUAUUGCUUCUGUUUUACACGCAGUGGUGUUGACAAUGAAGAGGAUUUCAAGCGGAGAACGCAAUUCAUUUUGGAUUCUGGAGGUGUUAUUCUAGAGAAUGGAUUCACCGAACUUUUAGAACCCUCCAGUGAUUUAUCUUUCACCAGACACGUUUCACUCAAAAGCUUCAGACUACCACUGACUCUAUCCAACAAACCAUGUCGAACAGAGAAAUACUUGCAGGCAUUAGCAUUGGGUUGGCCCUUGCUGUCGGAAAAGUUCAUUGACGACUGCAUAUCCAACAAAGAAAACGCAAAGUCGUGGUUCCGGUACCUUUUGGCAGCGGGUGAAUCGCAGUGGCAUCAAUCCACAAUGAGUUUAAACAUCUUUGAGUUUUACGAAAAGUACCGUCUCGGAAUGUCGCUUUGGGACCAGGUGAACAACAACUCCAACAUUUUGGCCCAUUAUCAAGUUCUGAUAAUCAACAAGUCGAUAAAUGUCAAGAGGGAGACUUUGUUGUUCAUACUAACUGCUCUAGGAGUGAAAACGAUACACUUUGUCGCCAGCUACCAGAAUGCGCUGAAGAAAGCUAAAGAUUUUGAAAUGGACGGCUCGAUAACGGCUGUAUACUCUGAAGACGCAAUUGAAGAAGUUGUCAAGCAGCUCAGUUCCAAAGGAGCCAAAAACACGAGAAAUACUGUGAAGUCGUCGCAGAAGAGCCAAGGAAUCAAGAAGUUUUUUCCGAGUGCAACGCCUGCAAAGAGAAGAAUCACUCCAGCAACAGAUCUGAAAGGACUGAACAUAAGGUAUAUCAACUGGGAAUGGAUCGUUCAAUGUGUGAUUUGCUCGCAUUCGGGAGAGAUCCCACUGAUAUGA